UCCAUAAGUGCUUUCGUUCACACCUUUGUUUCCUUUACUUUGCUAUUUGCUAAGUUUCAGACCAUGGCUGAAGAACAACACCAUACGUACCAAGAUAGUGAGAACGCAGGUGGUGAAAUCAAGGAUCGUGGGAUAUUUGAUUUUUUGAGUAAAAAAAAGGAGGAGGAAGCGAAGCCUCAAGAGGAGGUUGUAGCGGCCGAGUUUGAGAAGGUACACGUGUCAGAAUCCUACGAGAAGAAGGAAGACGAGAAAGAGGAGAAGCCCUAUCACGCUGAGAAGCUACACCGAUCAAAUAGUAGCAGCUCUAGUUCGUCCAGCGAUGAAGAAGAAGGUGAAGGAGGAGAAAAGAAGAAGAAGAAGAAGAAGGGAUUGAAGGAGCAGCUAUUGGGCGAGAAGAAGGAAGAAGAGAAGCAGAAGGGAUUGAAGGAGAAGAUAUUGGGCGAGAAGAGGGAAGAAGAGAAGAAGGUGGUAGAGACGGAGGACGUUACACAUGGAGAAGCCACAGAAGAAAAGAAGGGAUUCUUGGAGAAGAUCAAAGAGAAGUUGCCUGGGGCCCAGCCCAAGAAGGCAGAAGAUAGUCACGACAGCCCAGUGACUGUGGCCACCGAGUGCAGCGGGGACCCACAUGGGCACCAUGCAGGGGAGGAAGCUAAGGAGAAGAAGGGUCUGUUGGAGAAGAUAAAGGAGAAGCUGCCUGGCUACCACAAGACUGAAGAGAAAGAGGAGACUGCCCACCACUGAGAUGAUUUUAUCUUGUUGGAGUUUAUAUUACAGUUUUAUCUUGUUUGGGUGAUGAUGUGUUUAUGUUGUAAGUGCUUGUGUUGAUUUGGGUUUGUUUGUUUUAUUGUUUUGGCAGGGAGGGAAUGGUUUUUGUUUUUGAAGAUUGUGGUUGGAUGUGCUAGUGUGUAUUUUUGUAUUUCUAUUAUAUAUGUCUAAUGAGUUUAUUGGUUUU